CGCCCAUGGCGGAGCCGGGUGCCGAGGAGCCCGACGAGCGGCUGCUGCUCCUGACGGAGCCGGCGCCUCAGGCAGGGCCACCCUGGCGGGGGCCGCAAAGGGUGAAAGCCGCCCCCGGCGGGGCUGUGAGGCUGUGUGGGGAGCUGGGGCUCGAGGAGGAGGAGGAGGAGGGUGAGGAGGACUCGGGGCCCGAAGGGGAUGGAGAGGACGAGCCUCUCCUGCGGGCGUCGGGCCGCGGCCGCCGAGCGGGCGCCGCCUGGGACAAGGAGCCCCGCGCCGCCGCAGGGCAUUCAGGACAUACUGCUGAUAUGAAUAUAUUUUUAGAUGAUCCAGAAUUUGCAGAAAUUAUUCUGAGAGCAGAACAAGCUAUAGAGUGUGGAGUUUUUCCAGAAAGAAUCUCUCAAGGAUCCAGUGGGAGUUACUUUGCCAAGGAUCCAAAAGGGAAAAUUAUUGGAGUGUUCAAACCAAAAUCUGAAGAGCCUUAUGGACAUCUAAAUCCAAAAUGGACCAAAUAUUUUCACAAAGUUUGUUGUCCUUGCUGCUUUGGCAGAGGCUGCCUCGUUCCAAAUCAGGGAUACCUCUCUGAAGCUGGUGCCUAUCUUGUGGAUGACAAGCUGGGGCUAGGAGUUGUACCUAAAACUAAGGUUGUCUGGCUUGUCAGUGAGACCUUUAAUUACAGUGCAAUAGAUCGUGCAAAGUCAAGAGGAAAAAAAUAUGCUUUAGAGAAAGUGCCAAAAGUUGCUAAAAAAUUUAAUCGAAUUGGACUACCUCCUAAGGUUGGCUCCUUUCAGCUGUUUGUUGAAGGAUAUAAGGAAGCUGACUACUGGCUCAGGAAGUUUGAAACUGAUCCCUUACCUGAGAACACAAGGAAAGAAUUUCAGUCACAGUUUGAAAGAUUGGUUAUCUUGGAUUAUGUCAUCAGAAAUACAGACAGAGGUAACGAUAACUGGUUAGUCAGGUAUGAAAAACAAGAUGAUGGACUUGAUCUGUCAGAUAAGGAUAGCCAAUGGACAACAACUGAAGAAUCUACUAUUAAAAUUGCUGCAAUUGACAAUGGUUUAGCAUUUCCUUUUAAGCAUCCUGAUGAAUGGAGGGCAUAUCCCUUUCACUGGGCUUGGCUUUCUCAAGCAAAAGUUCCUUUCUCUCAGGAGACCAGAGACCUAGUUCUUCCUCGCAUUUCUGAUAUGAACUUCAUACAGGAUCUUUGUGAAGAUCUUUACGAACUAUUUAAGACUGAUAAAGGAUUUGACAAGGCUACUUUUGAAAACCAAAUGUCUGUUAUGAGGGGGCAGAUAUUAAACCUUACUCAGGCAUUAAAGGAUGAAAAAAGUCCCAUUCAGCUUGUUCAGAUGCCACGUGUGAUUGUGGAGCGAAGUAGCACUGGAAGUCAGGGCCGAAUUGUUCAUCUGAGUAAUGCUUUCACGCAGACCUUUCAUAGCAGGAAGCCUUUCUUUUCCUCCUGGUAGCAACAAAAAUACAUGGGAAUCGUAAGUUUCUCUUAACUUUAGGAAGCUACUUCUGUGUAAAAGCUCUGCAAUAACGUACUUCUGCUGUAUACCAAGAGGUCUGACUGCCGACACCUCAGAACUUAAAUUCUAAAGACUUAAGAAAUGUAUUUUGAAUGUAAUAAAAGUUUACAAUUUUUGUGUCAAAAUUGUGAAUUCUUAUGUCAGGGAAUGAGAAGAACUUGUCCAUACUGUAUUUUUAUAGGCUAAAUUAAUGUAUUCUGAAUAAGGGAAGAUGCACAGUUUGCAUAUGCUGAGAAACUACUUUUGAAUACAACAGAAAUUCUUUUUGUUUCAUAUAAAUGUGAGAACCUAUACACUAUCAAUUUCUUUUUGUAUGGUCUUUUAAAAAAAAAAGUGCAGAAUGUUAUCUUUUAUUGUGAAAAUUAUUUUCUUUGGAAUUUCUUCCUGAUAUUUUAAGCUGUUCAUAGAUUUUUGUAGGCUAGUUACUUGAAAUGUCAUAUACACACA